UCUUCUAUUCAAAGUUGUUUAUCAUAACAUGCUUUUGAUACAUUACUAUGUUGACUAAUUCAAAUGAAUAACACACUCUUUCUUCUCUUAUGUACCUUCAAACACUAUUGAUGCUCCCUUUGUUGUUUGUUUCACCUUAUUUCUCUCUUUUCUUUGUCUCUGAGGAUUACUUGCAUGAAACUAGUAAAGCAUAUUCCACUUUCCUUUUUCACAUGUCAAGCCAUAUAUAUAAGCUUUGUUUAUCACUGUCUUCACUACAAACACUAAUAUGCUUCUGUUUCCUUCCUUCCUCUAGCUUUUUCUCACUUGUGAAUACUUUUCUGCUUCCUAUCAUUCAUAAGUAACAUCAAAGUCUUCUGUUUCUUAUUACAUGUCAGGAACUGGCUCAGUAUAAUCAUAUAAUGAUCUGAAACUUGGUGUAACUUAGUUGGAGUUUUUCCACAUUCACAUCGAUAAAAUAGAAUUUUUAAGAAUUUAAGUAGAAUUUUUCCUUGAUCAUAGAGAUCACAACAAAAAUAGCUAUGAAGUUCAUGAAACUUGGAACAAGGUCUGAUACUUUCUACACAGAACAAGCUACCAGGAGUCUAGUUUCGGAUAUACCUCCAAAUCUUGUGAUAAAAAUCAAUGAUACUACUUAUCUGCUACACAAGCUGCAGUCUCCACUUCUUUCAAAAUGUGGCCUUCUACAAAGACUUUGCUCCGAUACUAAUGAUUCCGAGAGUGAUGUUCUAGAGCUUCAUGAUAUGCCUGGUGGAUCAGAAGCUUUUGAACUUUGUGCUAAGUUUUGCUAUGGAAUUUCAAUCAACAUUAGUGCUUAUAAUUUUGUACCUUCACUUUGUGCUUCUAAGCUUCUCCAAAUGAAUGAGUCAAUUGAGAGGGGAAACUUCGUAGGUAAACUCGAGUCUUUCUUCGGUUCAUGCAUUCUUGAAGGUUGGAAAGACUCAGUUUCGACACUGCAGGCUACCGAGAAGUUACCUGAGUGGUCUGAAAAUCUUGGCAUAAUAAGAAAAUGCAUUGAUUCAAUUAUUGAAAAAAUUCUUACACCUCCAUCACAGGUCAAAUGGUCCUACACCUACACUCGGCCCGGUUACAAUAGAAAACAGCAUCAUUCUGUUCCGAAGGAUUGGUGGACUGAAGAUAUAUCCAUUCUAAACAUAGAUCUUUUCAGAUGCAUAAUAAUGACUAUUAGAUCAACACAUGUUCUUCCACCACAGUUAAUUGGUGAAUCUUUGCAUGUCUAUGCUUGUAAGUGGUUACCUUGCAUCAUAAAUGUACAAAGUUCAGGAAGUUCGGUAUCGCAAACAGAAGAAUCGAAAGAGAAAAACAGAAAAAUUCUUGAAACAAUUGUGAGCAUGAUUCCUGCAGAUAGAGGUUCAGUUUCAGUUGGUUUCUUGUUAAAACUUCUGAGUAUGUCAAAUCUUUUCGGUGUUUCUACAGUGUCGAAAACUGAACUAAUAAAGAGAGCUAGCAUACAGUUUCAUGAGGCUAAAGUGAGUGACCUGAAUUUUUAUGAUGUAGAAUUGGUUCAAGUUGUGUUGGAAAGUUUCUUGAAGUUUUGGAAAAGAAUUUCCCCUGGCGAUGCCGAUAAUAGGCACUACUUGUUAAGAUCAAUAAGAAAAGUUGGUAAGCUUGUUGAUUCCUAUCUUCAAGUUGUGGCAAGGGAUGAUAAUAUGGAAGUGUCAAAAUUUGUAGCUCUUGCCGAAACUGUGCCGGCUAUAGGCAGAAUGGAACAUGAUGAUUUGUACCAGGCAAUAAACAUUUAUCUUAAGGUGCAUUCGGAACUGAGCAAGGCGGAAAAGAAGCGAUUGUGUGGGAUUCUAGAGUGCCAAAAAUUGUCUCCGGAAGUGCGUGCGCAUGCUGUCAAAAACGAGUUUCUGCCGUUAAGAACCGUUGUGCAGCUCCUUUACUAUGAACAAGAGAAAGACUCAAAUGGAACAACUAGUACAAAGCUGCAAAAACCACAUGAGCUACUCCUAGGAGCAAAAAUGAGACCAGCCACUAGAGAUAGCAAUGGAAAACGAUCUCUAGGACUCGACAAAGAAGAAUUCAAGAGAGAAGAUAUCACAAGAAAAGCAUCACUUGCUGAGAGUAGGGAAAAGAGUGAGCACAAAACUCAAAGAUUAGAUGAUAAGUUAGCAUUGGACUUGGAAAAAAAGAUGGUUAUAAGAGAAGGCAAUGAGGAGUCCAAGAAGAAAAUGAGCAUAGGAAGGACAAGAAGCAGUAAAUCAGAAUAUGGAAGUGAAAAGAGAAGAUAGAUUUUUAAUAAUGUUACUAAUAAUCUUUGAAAAAUUCAAAGUAAAUUGUUUUCAUUCAUAUGUGUAUGCACUUUUUUACCUUUGUCAUAAAUGUAGUAUUGUGUGAUCUAAUGCUUUGUUCUAGAUUCAAUUGAGCCUUCAAUCUAUGAGAAUUCAACUGCA